GACACAAAUUUGUCUUCAAUAAUUGAUAAAAUUAUUUGGCCGUAGAAAUCUGCUCUUGAAACGCCAAAUGCAGCUCACUGAGUACAGGUUCUGAAAUAUCCCUUUUUCACCCUCCUCUGUUUUAGCUCUAAGUAAUGAACUAGUUCAUCUUCUUAUAUUUUUUUUUUUGAUAACUGACCUGGUGUCCGGUUCAAUUUGCACGCAAUUCGAUUAAUUACACGGGAUAUUUGACACCUACCGCAAGUUUGCGCGCACUGGACUAAUUCUAAGGGAUAUCUGUCAGCUCCUACUGCAACAAGUACCAGGUAACUCUAUCUACGAAGGGUUGGAUAAAUCAGAAGAAAUCUGUUUUUUUGCCUCAGCUGUGAUUUGAAUCUGAGACCUCAAGUUCUCGCCUACUUUAUUAAUUACUAGGCCACACCCUUGGGUGUCAUCUUCUUAUAAAAAUUUGAUUUUGCUGUUAUUAUAUUAUCCAGAUUUUGGUCAGUUACAUUGUUUUGUUGUAACCCAAAAAAAGACAUUCAGUUUUGAUAUUGAAAACUUCACAUUUGGUCAAUUACAAAUAGAUACUGUUAUAACCAAGUUGAAUUUGAUACUGUUAUAACCUAUUAGGAAAAGAAAGUAUCACAAGAACAAAGGGAGGUCGGUUUUAUUGUUACAACUGUUCUUUUAGUUAUAUGUCUCUUUUCACAGGAGAUCAUAAAAUAUAAUACAGGAGAUCGGUAAAUAAAAGACAAGAGAUCGUUGUAGUUAUUUUCUUCUAUUCAAAUUGUAAUGGGUCAUAGAAGAUCAUUUCCACCAAAAAUAAAGCUAAUCAAAUCAGUCCAAACAAGGUAGCGUCAACUAAGAGGCGGAGCCAAGAUUUCAAGUUUAUGGUUCGAGAUUCUAAUCUUUUAUAUUACCGAGUUCUAAAUUAUAAAUUUGUACAUAUUUAAUGAAAAUUUUAAGACAAAUAUAUGAUUUGAACCAAAGUUACUGGGUUCGGUCCAACCCGUAGCCGACACUGUGGCUCCGCCUCUGCGUCAAGUUGGUCAAUUCUUGGAAUGAACUCAGACAGGGAUAAUAUAUAUCUUUUAGAAUAAUAGCUAAAGAUUUAGAAAAGAGAAGAGGAUUAGGAAGUGGAAAGGGAUAAUAGAUGCAUCAGUACAUUACAAACAAAUGAAACUAGAAAUGUUUAACAUAAGCAAAACAAAUAAACUGUAAUAAUUGACCCCUGAAACCAAAUAAACCAAAAUAGCUUUUUCUUUUUCAGUUGCUUUUCCUGGUACAGAAAGAUGAAUUUUAUUACUGUAUUCAUACAACUAAGCCAUGCGAAAGAAAAUUUACAGUUGUAUUUUUUUUCAUUCCUCCGGGGUAGGGGUAAGGUCUGCGUACACACUACCCUCCUCGGACCCCACUUGUGGAUUUCACUAGGUUGUUGUUGUUGUUGUCGCUGUUGUCUUUCCUUUUCAAUAGUUUGUUCUAGCUAGUUUGGGAUUGAGAGUAGUUGUUUUUCCUACCUGAAUAAUUCCCACCAAAUAAUGAAUUGAGAAUUAUUGUGCUCUUUUUAUUUCUUUCUAAUAACUCUUGGAAUGUGUUGCACAGUUUACUUAGAAGGGACCUAAACACUGGAUCUUCACCACGCCUUAUGAUGAAGGGGGAAUAAAGGACGGAUCAUAUAUCUGUCGAAUCAACAUUUUAUAGUGACGAGAUUAAGAAGACAGAAUAGCUGAGUAAGAGAGAGAUGGAAGUAGAUGACAGCAAAGGUAUGGUUUGUGUAACCGGUGGAACAGGAUAUGUAGCGUCGUGGUUGAUAAUGAAGCUUCUUCAACAUGGCUACUCAGUAAAUGCUACCAUAAGGUCCACUCGAGGUCACAAAACAGAUGUUAGCUACCUCACGAACUUGCCCCGUGCAUCCCAAAGGCUACGGAUAUUUACUGCUGAUUUGGAUAAACCGGAAAGCUUUACUGCAGCUAUUGAAGGAUGCAUUGGAGUAUUCCACGUUGCUCAUCCGAUGAAUUUUGGCGACCAAGAAAUUGAAGAUGAAAAGAUAAGAGAAGCAGUUGAUGGAACAUUGGGAAUUUUACGCGAAUGCCUCAAGUCAAAAACAGUAAAACGAGUUGUUUACACUUCCAGCAGAACAACACUUGUGUUUAAUGAUAAAGGUUUAGAUACAGUGGAUGAGAGCUCAUGGUCAGAUAUCAGUGUCAUGAAAACCUUAAAGCCUAUAUCUACAGCUUCUUAUGUGAUUAGUAAGACAUUAGCGGAAAAGGCUGCUCUUGAAUUUGCUGAGAAGCAUGGGCUUGAUUUGGUGACUGUUAUUCCUAGUUGGAUACAUGGUCCCUUCUUGAGUCCUCGAUUCCCAGAGUCAUUACGAUCAGCCAUGGCAAUGAUUUUUGGUAUUCCCCUUCUGCUCGUGUAACUUUCUCAUGUCGAAUCAUUUACCAACAACAACAACAACAACAACGACCCAGUAUAAUCCCACAAGUGGGGUCUGGGGAGGGUAAUAUGUACGCA